UAUAAAGAGAAAAUGUUGUAGAAGAAUCACGUAAUCAUUUAUGGUCAUCAAACUAAUCAGUGGUUAUGGUAUGGGUUUACUACGAACCGCAGUAAACCUUACCAACCAGCUAUUGUCACCAUGCAGGGGUGGGUGGCUUUAAUCGGUCAAAACCCUUCCUAUUUUUCUUAUCAUGCCUUUCCUAUACCAUAGUUUUUUCCAUUUUUUCUUUUUCAUUCUGAACGAUUUUUUUGUCUUCUGACUAGACGUCCAUAUAAUAAUCCUUCUUGUCUCUCAUUGGUGAAAAGAUUCAAAAAUAAGUGGGGAUAGGUGUACAUCACCAAUUAACUCCUCCAAUCGGCUCUUCCAUAUAGGCGGAGGCUCCACUUCUCGUUUUUUCCACUUUCCUUCUUGUUUCCUUCUCAGUUGAAAACGAUUUUAGAGUCUUUUAGAGUUUAUUAGUAAACGUUACUUCGACCACUGCUGGUAUUAACAACCGAUCAGAUUGAUCGGUUUGAGCUUCCUGUUCGUAGUUUCGGGUUUUCACACGAACCUCUGAAAAUGGGAGAGCAAGGGAGACCGACAGAACCAGAAAUCUCCACGAACGAGAGGAUAGUCUGCUGCAUAGGCGACCUCCAUGGCCACAUCUCGAAGCUCCAGAAGCUCUGGUCCAAUCUCGAAACCGUAAUCAGCCCACCUUCAUUCCAGACCGCGCUGAUCAUCUUCUUGGGCGACUACUGCGACAAAGGCCCCGAUACUCGAAGUGUGAUCGACUUCUUGAUUUCACUCCCUUCCAGGUAUCCGAAGCAGACCCAUGUCUUUCUCUCUGGGAAUCAUGAUCUCGGCUUCGCUGCGUUUAUAGGGGUGCUCCCUCCACCGCCCGACGGAUCGACGUUCGCCGAGACGUGGAAGGGGUCCGAGCAGUACGGUGAGAAAGUAGGGUGGUAUAAGGGAGCAGGGUAUGAAAACAUGCAUCUUCAAGGGAGACUCUGGGGUGGCCCCGUUGACUCUAACGCUGCAUCUACAUUCCAGUCUUAUGGGAUUCCCUAUGGUUCUACAGACUUGGUUAAAGCUGUACCCGAAGAACACAAGAAGUUCCUGGCUGACUUGGUUUGGGUCCAUGAAGAGGAUGAUGUCUGCAUUGAGACUUCAGAAGGAAGGAAACACUACAAAUUGAUAGCUGUUCAUGCAGGUUUGGAGAAAACGAAAGGAGUCCAAGAACAGCUCAAGCUUUUGAGAGCCAGGGACACAAGCCAACCUAUGAUCGUUGCUCUCACUGGGAGGAGCAAUGUUCUAGAUAUCCCACAGGAACUAGUUGAUUGUCCAACACCAACAAUGUUGGUAAGCGGUCACCAUGGAAAGCUUGAGCUUAAUGGGCUUAGGCUGAUCAUCGAUGAAAGUGGUGGAAAAGAGAGAAAACCAUUGGCGGCCGUCGUGCUCCCAUCAAUGAUGGUCGUCCGAGACAUUUGGUGACAUAACACCUGGCCCUUAUGGGGGCUAAAGUGCUAAGCCCACGUCACCAACAGAUGUGAAUGCUAAUAGGUUGGAAAGUGAUUAGAAUAAUACAACUUAUUAGCACUCUCAAUUAAAGAUAUAUGAGUUGUGCAAGGGGGCAUUGGAGGAAGGGUUGUGAGUAGAUUGUAUCAAAUUUGAUCCAAUUACAUU